GUACGCCGCGCUGUGCGCGAGUCGGCCGAGGACGGUGUGCAGCGCGGGGGCCCUCGCGGUGCUGGUGGAAUUCUUUGUUGUUUCCCUGGGCUCUUGUUCCUCAAGAUGGGCAGCUCGUAUUCGAUCUGGCUCCUCAAUGACACGUACGGGGCAGCGGCCUUCAAUCGAAUGGAGGAUCGUUUCCCCUUCGCCCUUGGACGGUCCAUCACGAGCGUCUACUUCUACGCGAAAGGUGACGGGGAUCUGUUCGCAGAGGAGACCCUCCUCGAGGUCGGGCGUGCGAUGGACAGGGUGCUGAGCGUGCAGGCGUCCACGGGAGAGAGGCUCGAGGACUGCUGCGAAAAGGACUGGCGGGGCUGGUGCGAGGCAGAGUCCGUGUUCCACCAGUUCAACAGCAGCGCCGGAGCCCUCGGCGCGACGAUCGCCCCGCCGCAGGGGAUGGGCGAGGUCGAGGGCUUGGCCCACCAGUUCUCGCAGUUCUGCUCGCAGUCCACGGCCUCGUGCGCGGCGUUCCUGGGGCCCCAGGAGGGCGCCACCGCGGUGACCGUGGCCGAGCAGGGCCUGCCGGGCCUCCCGCGGGUGCUGUCGCUUGUGCUGUAUGUCUUCCUCGACACCGACCUGGGGGCUGCAUCCGACGCGUCGGGCGCCAAGACAUGGCAGGGGGCCGUGCUGGAGGAGAUACACGGGCCCAGCUACAGUGCCGGAGAGGACAGCCUGCAGACCGCAAAUUUCUUCGUAAGCAGCUGGUCGAAGGCCCACGAGGAGUUCGAGGCCAGCCGCCCGUCUGGCCAGGAGACCCACUUGAUGGCGAUUGCUCUUGUGCUGGUCAACGUGUUUACCUGUUGCGCUAUCGCUGCACCCAGGCAGCCGCGCGCGAGGGUCUUGUUGGCCAGCUGUUGCAUGCUGCUGGUGGUGCUGGCCCUCGUCAGCGCCGUAGGCCUCUGUGGCUACGCAGGCGUUCCCUUUACCAUCAUGACCUCGCUAUCCAUAUUCACUUUGUUUGGUGUGUCGGUGGACGCGGGUCAUUGUCAUUGUCCAUUCUUACGAUAG